CCUCUGAUUGGCUGUAAAUGCAGAACUGGCACGAGAAGCCAAUAGGAAAGGGCGACUGUGCAUGGUAGGAAACGGCUUGUCGACCAAUUGCGUGUCACGAAAACCUGGCACCGAAAUUUGUAUUUUCGUACUGCUGUAUUCUCUGUUGGUUUCAGGUCUGGUAAAGUUAAUAAAGAUGAUGGAUGCGCUGUCAGUGGUGAGCCAGCUGCGGGAUCUGGCUUCUGAGCCGCAGAAUCGACAGGUGAUUGUUCAGGACCAGGGCUGUCUCCCCGGGCUGGUUCUUUUCUUGGACCACCAGAAUCCAGAUGUGCUACUUGCAACUCUUCAGACCCUGCGCUACUUGGCCGAGUUGUCCUACAACAUCCCCACCAUGAGGAAUGAGCUGGGUAUGAUGGUGAGCUUGGAAAAUAUAAUUGGACGGGAGGACCUGUCUGUUGACAUCACAGCCUUGGCCCAGGAAGUGUUUGACAUUCUGAGUGCACCUGCAAAUCCUGUGCCACGCACACCUGAAAGGGAGAGGAGAAAGAAACCCCAGUUCUUUAUCAACUCCUGCAGCAAGAAGGCCAAGUCUGUAACUUUGCACAUCAAGGGGCUGGAUGGCACUGACCGGAGAGGCCUGUGUGAGGAGGCUCUUCUGAAGGUCAAAGGGGUGAUCAGCUUCACCUUCCAGAUGGCUUCCAAGAGAUGCACCGUCCGCAUCCGUUCAGACCUUCCCACGGAGAGUCUGGCAACGGCUAUUGCUGCCACGAAGGUGUUGUCAGCCCAACAGGUGGUGAAGAAUGAGGCCGGAGAAGAGGUUUUUAUCCCACUGACCACAUCAGGAGUGGAGGUGCAGCAAAACUCAGCUAUACCAGACUACCUCCCAGAGGAAGAGGAGAGCCCAGACAGGGAGGUCAACCGAGCAAUUUCCCGCACCGCAGCAAAAGAAGAUUCCAGUGGAAGCUGGCUCAGCACUGCUGCCAGCUUCCUGACUAAAACUUUCUACUGGUGAACCUGGUGCAGUUUGAUUCCCUGAGAUCCAGUGACAGAAUAGUGCUAAAAGAUUUUCUCUACUGCUGUGUUUUACUGGAAUGGACGUAACUGGAUGUUAGUGCACCACAUGCCUAAAUCCUGGUUUUGUGAGCAUGGUCUGGUCAUGGUCCAACAUUCCAGCAGUUGUUGUGAAAAACUGCAAAUUAGCAACGUGCAAAAGCACUUCUCAUUUUACCUCAGUUGUGCAUAGACACACAUGCCUUGUCUCUGGAUUACAAUGCUGGUUUCUAUCCAGUAUUCUUAUCGAUGUAAAUAUUUUCUGUUGGACUUUGUCAGUUUUCUCUCUAAAUGUAAAAAAUUUUUUCAGGCUUUUUGCUUCUGUUCAGUACACUUGGAGAAGUAUUUUUCAGUGUGUCCUGGUGUUUUUGUUAGUAGCUGUAUUGAUUUAUGCUAAAAUAAAUCUACUAAAUAUUA